CAGAGGCGGCAUUGAAGCGGCAUUGAAGCGGAGUAGCAAGUGUGAUUCUACACGAUUCGCUAGCGAACGGCAUACAAGCGUGCGUUUCCCACUCGUAAACGUUAUACUCGUUGCCAUUGGCAUCGCUCGGCGAAUGUGAGCCAGACCAAAAGCAACAAUAACAAAAAAGUGAUGAAGAAGACGCAAACAAACCCGGAGUAGUGAUUGGCAAAGUUGGAAUCGACAACAAAAAAGUGUUUAAAAAUAAAACGAAUAGCUGAUGCUGUGUAUGAAAUUCCAUUAUUGAUAAAAAAGGCGCGCGAAUUUCGGUUCGUUGACGUUUUUUGCUGUCAUAUGGUGCUAUGCUGCAGUGAAGGUCAGGUGACGCUUGCCCUCGUCAAAUUGUGAAAAUACAAAAACAAAGAAAUUAAAUAAGAAAUUUUAAAUCGAAAAUUGUGUACCGUAAAUGUAAAGGUUUGGAAUUAGAAAAAAUAAUAGCAGCAACGAGCAGAAGUUGUCACUUACACAUCUAUAUAUAUUUAUGUGUGCUUCGAAUACUUUCAAAUAAAUAGUGCAAAUCAGCAGAGCAACAACAACAAAAGUCACAGCACAUGUGACACAUUUGGAAUUACUGUGACAAACAACAAAAAUUGGAUUAAAACAACAUAACCGAAAUAAAAGCUCACUGUGUGGUCGCAAAGAAAAUGGAGUUUAACAAAUAAAAACCAAAAUUUCCGCAAAAAUAAUGAGGAGACAGAUUGGAUCGAACUGUGCAGGUGUGCAAUGAUUUGCUCUAUGUGUCUUUAUGUGGCAGAUAAGACUACGCACGUCAACAUGUGUGGCAAACAAGUGAAUGUGAGCCAAAUUAGCGGUGUACAAGUGGAAGCAAGAUAAAAAAACUAGAAAAGAAAUAACAAAAAAUAUAAUGAAGCAGAAAUUGGCAAUAAGUCCAAUAAUGUCGCAGGAUAAUCAUUUUUCUUGUGCCACGGGGCAAGUGCAUGUGUUAUUUUUAAGCGAAAUGACAGCAGAACGUUGAGAGAGCGUUUAAGUAACAUACAACAACGACAAUAACUGCGAGCAAGUGUCAUAGAGAUGAAGGGAUUCAAUGUAUACAUACUUAUAUGUAUGCGCAUGUGUCUGUGAACCAAUCGACGGCCAAUGAAAGCUGUUAAAAAGCAGAUAAAUUUUAACAGUAAAUUUGCGUCGAAGGCAGCAGCAGCAAAACUGUACACACACACACACUCAAUUUAUGGACUAUCGACUUGACAACAAUAUUAGCAAAGUGAUUUCACUGUGUAAUCGAAAGCGUCAGUGUGUGAAAACAAAUAGUGACCAGCAGCACCUGGUUGCAAACAAUUUGCAUUAGCAUACACCGAAUAGUGUUAAAACAACAAUAGCAAUAAAAUAAAAUAACAGCAACAGAAACAGCAACAGCAACAGCACGUGAAUUGUGAAAAACCAACAACGGUCAACAAAUUAGAGUUGUGCAACUGAUAUCACAGUGAUGCCAAUUAGUCAGAUUGCCAGCUACUAAACUGCAACGACUGACUUACUGCCUCUGUGCAAUCACUUCAUACCGGCGAUAUUCGCAUUGCAGAGCUUAACUACAUAAAAUAACGGCGUAAGAUACAACAAGCCUGGCUGAGUUGCAGAAAAACCUCUAAAUUGAAUAUGGCCAGCGCAGCAAAGCGCCGCAACAUGCAGCAAAACAACAACAAUAAGCUCGGUGUGCACCAAGGACAAGCGCACGACAGUAUUGGUGUCAAAAUGUUACCCCUGCUGGCGAUAUUCCUUUGUUGUGGACCAUUGCUGGCGGCUUCGAGUCUCGAUGGUCUUCAAGGGCAGUCUAUUAAAGAUGCCUUCGGCGAAUACUCACUAACGGACAUGAUCAACGCACAAUCGCAGGGCAUCGAGUACGAGGAGGCCGACGACGGUUUCCCCUCGUACAAAUUUCUACCCACAUCCGAUGUUAAAACGUCAUAUCGCGUCCUGCUACCCGAAAGACUUUAUGAAUUCGCCAUACUAGUCAAAUUUCUGCCGAACAGCCCGAAGGGUGGUUAUCUCUUUAGUGUGGUAAACUCCUUCGAGUCUGUGGUGCAGUUGGGUCUGCACUUGUCGACAGUCAGCAAGAAUUUCUGGAAUGUUUCAUUGCUCUACACGCAGUCCGAUCAGAACUCUGUUAGCCGUAAAUUGGUCAGCUACCAAUUGCCAUAUAGGGGCAAGGAGUGGACGACACUUUCAUUUCAGGUACUCAGGGACAAGGUGCUCUUCUACUACGAUUGCGAACUAAAUACGACGACAACGGUCGCGCGGGAACCACAGGACUUGGUCUUCGAUUCGGCCUCAACUUUGUACUUAGCGCAAGCGGGCCCCAAAUUAACUGGGCAUUUUGAGGGAAAUUUACAACAAUUGUAUGUUUAUACAAAUCCAGAUGCUGUGGCAACUGUCUGUAAACCGCCAUCAAAGAAGUUGGAUGACAGCUAUAAUGAGAUUUUAGAUGACGAAAGCGGCUCGGGCUUUAUGGAAGGUGCGAGUGAAGACUACGACAUUUUAGAUGAUUCGUUCUGGAAUGCGACGGACGAUGCCAGUGGAUUUCCAUCACAGACGCCACCUCCUUAUCCGCACGAAAGACCCUAUCGCACACCUAAAGGUGAAAAAGGUGAACGUGGCCCUAAAGGACCACCCGGUGAUAGCAUACGUGGUCCACCGGGACCACCGGGCCCUCCAGGCCCUAAAGGUGAAUCGGCAACUUUUCCGCCCUUCGUUGAUUUUCCCACCGGUGCCGAUGCGAAAUACACUGGCAAAUGCACGUGCAACGCGUCUGAUAUCCUAGAAGCAAUCAAAGAUAAUGAAAUAUUACGUGAAACAAUACGCGGCCCACCCGGACUGCCGGGCAAGGAGGGAAAGACUGGUGCGCCUGGACUCACGCAUCGCAUGGAACGAAGCCUUAUGCACUAUAUCAAACGAAAAGCGGGUGCUACAGGGAAACCAGGUGAACGCGGUGCCCCCGGUCCGAAAGGUGACCGCGGCGAUAGGGGCGAUCCUGGCUCCCGUGGACCCGAGGGUCUGCAAGGCCAUAAAGGCGAGCCCGGCGUCGACGGCAUGCCCGGCAUGCAAGGGCCACCUGGCCCGCCAGGACCGCCUGGCUUGCCCGAAAACUAUGAUGAAUCCUUAAUGGGCAAUUCAAUGCGUCCGAUGCGCAGCUCUUCGCCGGGACCCAAGGGACCACCAGGUGAUAAAGGUGAUGCUGGUGCGGCGGGGGAACGUGGUCAGCAGGGUCAGAAAGGUGAACGUGGCGAUCCGGGAAUGACUGGCGAGAAAGGUGAUAGGGGUCACCCGGGCGUACAUGGCGGUAGUGGCCAAAAAGGCGAACCAGGCCAACCCGGUGUGCCGGGCAUGGCUGGAGCGCCCGGUGCACCUGGUCUCAAAGGUGAUCGUGGUCUGCCCGGUGAAUUGGGUCCCAUCGGACCACCCGGUCCACCAGGUGAAGUUAUUUAUGCAGACAAUUCGUUGAAUGGCACAUCGAGCAGCGCGGCGGGCGGACAAUGUCAGUGUCCGGCGGGUCCACCUGGACCGCCGGGUGCACGCGGCCCGCAGGGCUAUGAGGGGCCACCCGGUUUGAACGGCGAGCCUGGUCCAGCUGGGUCGAACGGUUUGACCGGCCUGCCUGGCUCCAAAGGUGAGAAGGGCGAAAAAGGUGUGCGGGGCCUGAGCGGCCCGAAAGGCGAUCGCGGACCCGAAGGACCGCCAGGGCAGGCCUUUUUCGCUGGCGGUUACGAAGGCAUGGCUAUGAACGGCACCAAGGGGGAGAAGGGAGAGAAGGGUAUGCGCGGACGACGCGGCAAACCGGGCCAAGCUGGACCGAUCGGACCGCCGGGCAAACCUGGUCCGAUGGGCGAUAUUGGACACUCGGGUCGACCUGGACUACCCGGCCCCAAAGGUGAUUCAGGUACCAAAGGACAGAAGGGUGAAACAGGCGGACGAGAAGGACCCAAAGGCGAUAAAGGUGAUCGCGGUCAGGAUGGACGUGACGGCCUGCCUGGACCACCCGGCUUGCCAGCAGCGGCCGGCGAGGGUGUGCAAUACAUACCGAUGCCUGGCCCACCAGGACCACCAGGCGCGCCCGGUCAACCCGGCAUGCCCGGUUUAUCAAUAACCGGUGCGAAAGGUGAGCCCGGCAUGGAUUCGCGCAGUUUCUACGGUGAUGCGUCUUACUAUGGACGACCGGCCAGUGGACGCUCCUCUCUCGAUGAAAUCAAAGCUAUGCGUGAACUACAAGACUUGAGAGAUCGUCCAGACAGCACAUCUGGCCCACCCGGUCCGCCCGGCCCACCAGGUCCACCCAGCCAUUCGCGUCAUGACGAUGAAGAGACACCAUACUUUUCAGCAUCUUCCUGGAAUAUGCGCAUCGUACCCGGUGCGGUGACGUUUUCGAAUAUUGAUGAAAUGACAAAGAAAUCAGCCAUGAAUCCGCCAGGCACACUGGCCUACAUCACGGAGGAGGAAGCGCUGCUGGUGCGCGUCAACAAGGGUUGGCAAUAUAUUGCGCUUGGCACUUUGGUGCCCAUUGCCACACCCGCCCCACCGACUACAGUAGCACCGCCAGUGCGCGUCGAUAUACAGUCAUCGAAUCUGCUCAAUAAUCUGCCGCCGCUAUUAAAUACGCCAACGUUUACAACGGCGCCAGAGUAUGAAACGUGGUAUCCACGCAUGCUUCGCGUAGCGGCACUCAACGAGCCUUACGUCGGCGAUCUGCAGGGCAUACGCGGCGCUGACUUUGCCUGCUAUCGUCAGGGGCGCCGCGCCGGCUUAUUGGGCACCUUCAAAGCCUUCCUGUCAUCCAGAGUGCAAAAUCUUGACUCGAUUGUACGUGUCGCGGACCGCGAUCUACCGGUAGUGAAUACCAGAGGGGACGUCCUCUUCAACUCGUGGAAGGGCAUCUUCAACGGCCAAGGUGGCUUCUUCUCGCAAGCGCCGCGCAUAUACAGUUUUAGCGGCAAAAAUGUUCUAACGGAGCCGUUGUGGCCACAAAAGCACGUUUGGCACGGUUCACUACCCAACGGUGAGCGUUCGAUUGACACAUAUUGCGACGCUUGGCACUCGAGUUCCAUAGAUAAAUUCGGUUAUGCAAGUAAUUUGCUGGGGAACAAACUGCUCGACCAGGAGCGACAAACUUGCGAUAGCAAAUUAAUUGUGCUCUGCGUGGAGGCGUUGUCGCAGGACAGAAGGCGAAAACGCGAUCUCAGCGACAGCGAACCCGAGUUCCAUACGGCGGAGGCAUACGCGCGUCACCUGCAAGAGGUGCUAACUUGAAAAAUUGACUCACGCACACAUGCGCCGAGGCAGCGCGCCCGAAAGGCGCAUUGGCUGCGACGCCAACAUUUACACCAUCAUCACCAACGCAACCAGUGAAAUUGUGAAAGCAAAUCGCGCAACUAAAUUUGAAUUUUUAAAAUUGUAAACAUCAAAAGCCAAAUCUCCAACUACUUACAAACGAGUGAAUGAUUUAUUUUUAUUACAACAACACUACGAAAAAGCAUUUCAACUAAUUAUUAAGUAAAUUACGAAUUUUCCUUCUGUUAACGACUAACGACAAAUUGUGGAAGUUUUUAUUGUAUUUACAGUUGAUUGGUACUACUAGCAACUAAUUGCACACAUACAUACAAGCAUAUAUAAAUAAAAGCACAUCAAUGUGUGUGAGAUUACUUCAUUGCAUGUACUAUAGACACAUACAAACGUAUUCAUGUAGUUACAUACAUACAUACAUACAUACAUAUAGUUAAACCUUCAUACUGCUAGUUAUGAUAUUUAUUUCCUUUUCUGUGUAACUACUUUAGCCAUGUAAGUGUAAACGAAAACUGAAAUUGUAAUUGUAUUUUUCGAAUCAUCAUAGAUUUUUAAUGUCUCUUAAUGCAUACACACACACACACAUGCGUAGACUUGUGCCAUGUGUGAAAUUGUAAAUAUUUCAAUAGUUUUUAUUGUUUUGUAUUUAUAAAAUUCAGAAAUAUUAUAUAGCAGUUUAAGGAAAAUAUAGUCAUACAUAUUAUGUAAUUAUUAUGUAAUGCAUUGGAAACGAGCAGAGACGAGAAACUAGCAGACCAACGGAAAAAUAUUGAAAA